GGGCGGAGACGAAGGCAGUCAUGGCGGCGCCCAUCACGGAGCCCUCCCCGUCCGUGGCUCUAUCGGAGCUCACGGCGCUGCUCUCCCCGUCCUCCCCCGCCGCUCCCGAAGCAGCCGAGGCCGCUCUAGCCCUGUCUGGCAGCGCCUCAGGCCGGGCGCUGCUCGCCGAACACCCCGCGGCCUUAUCGGCCUUGUCCGCCAUGGCAGCCUCGGCCUCGCGUGGAGCGCGGCCCGCCUUGGCCGCGCUGGUGAACGCCUCCUCCGAGCCCGCCGCGCUGGAGCCGCUUCUCGCCGCUGUCCCUUCGCUCCUCCCGCUCCUGCCCAGCUCCGGAGCGGCGUGCGGGGUGCUGGCCAACCUGAGCCGGGAGGCGGCGGCGGCGCCGCGGGUGCUGCGGGCGCUGGGCCCCGGAGCGGAGGAGCCGCUGCUGCGGGCGCUGAGCGUGGAGCGGCCGCCGGCGGAGCUCGGGGCGCUGCUCUGCAACCUCAGCCAGGCCCCCGAGGGCCGCCGGGCGCUGCUGGAGCCCUCAGGGCGGGUGCUGGGGCGGCUGCUGUCGCUGCUGCGCUGCCCGGACACGGAGCUGAGGAGGGGAAUUGUGGGGGCGCUCAGGAACUGCUGCUUCCAGCACGAGAACCACGCGAGGCUGCUGAGCCCACAGGUGGAGGCGCUGCCGCUGCUGCUGCUGCCCCUGGCCGGCCCCGAGGAGCUGCCCCAGCACGAGAUGGAGCAGCUGCCCGUGGAUCUCCAGUUUCUGCCCCCGGAGCACCGCAGGGAGGAGGAGCCCGAGAUCCGAAAAAUGCUCCUGGAAACGCUGCUGCUGCUGGCGGCCACCAGGCCCGGGCGGCUCCACCUGCGCUCGAUGGGUUCGUACCUGGUGCUGAGGGAGCUGCACGGCUGGGAGAGCGACCCGGGGGCACUGCGGGCAUGCGAGAACCUCAUACAGGUGCUGAUCGGGGACGAGCCCGAGCCCGGCCUGGAGAACCUGCUGGAGGUGACGAUUCCUGAGCACCUGCGGGGACACCUGGGGGACACCCAGGGGACACCCCCGUGACACCCAAAUGGCACCAAAUGGCACCAGGGGACACCCGGAUGGCACCAGGUGGCACCAGGGUGGCACCAAAAUGGCACCGAGAUGGCACCAGGUGGCACCAGGGGACACC